AUGUCAUCAGCAACAGCAGUAGACGAGCAGAAAUCGCAAUUGUUGCAACAGGAAUACAACAAAUCGCAACAAGUAAUACAACAAUUAGAGGAACAAUCGUCGACGUUAUCUGCGCAGCUUCAAGAACAUGUGAUUGUCGACCAUACUUUAAGCAGCAUACCGCCGUCGCAACGUGGACAAGGAGAGAGGAAAUGCUUCAAGAUGAUUGGGGGUGUGUUGGUUGAAAAGAGCGUGGAUGAAGUUAUCCGGAUCUUGCACGACGAGAAGAGUGAAUUGAACAAGCAGAAAUCGCAAGUUGAUGAUGAGUUGGAGCGUAGUCGGAAGAAAUUGCAGAGCUGGAUCACGAGUAAUAAGGUCAAGAUUGUGAAAGGAUGA